CGAAUCAACGGACCGAAGCAGCUUCGAUCCACAGAGGUUUUUUGGCGGGCAUUCGACAAGGGACACCGAUUGCGAAAUCGCACGACACCAUUGAAACUAUUUUCAAGUGCAUUCCGACAUAGAUUGAACGAACGACCCAUCGCUUCCGAACUCGGAUCGUCCUGCCCUGGCAAGCGUUGGCCCCGGUCGAUUUCGAUUGUUCGACAAGCGAAGAAGGAAACARGCGAUGCACGUAUCGAUGAACCGGAUCCUCCUGUUGUGGGCGGCGGUUCUGUUGCCUCCCGAACGGCAACGGAUUGCSAUGGGUUACGUUUUGCCCUCCUCCCUCCGAACCAAGAACUGCCACCCCUCACCUUCUACCAAUGCGCUGUAUUCUUCUCCAAACACGUAUUCCGGUUUGACGUCGACCGGCWGGGGCGACGAUGACGACGAUGACGAAAGCAACAAAAUGAAAAACAAAAACAAGCAUCGAAUCGAGUUCUCGAAUUUCUGGGGUUCCAAAUACGCCAUCGGAGACGACGAGGAGGACGAAAAGCAGGGAACCGUUCCGUUCGUGCCCUCGCUGGAUCCCCACGACGGUCCCUUGCCCCCCGGGGCGUACGUCUCGGAAGGAAAGCCCGAGUUCGACGCCAAGCCGACCUGCCGCAUCGCGGUGGGCGUUCGGCUGGGAACCACCGGCGCGAGCGCUAGCCAGAACRAWRRCGAUCCCGACGAGGCGGUGAGGAGGCUGCAGGCCUGCGUCGAUGCCGGCCUGAACACCUUUCAGCCGCUSGACCAGACCCGGGAAGCGCUCGACCUGGUGCGGCGGAUGAAGGARAACACUCCGUCCUAUGUCCAGACGCACUGGUCGUUCGCCAUCAAGGCGGCCCAAACGACCAGUGCCUCCCUCGGAGACGAGUCGUCGGACAAGAACAUCAACAACSACUUUGACACACGCAAUUCCAGAUCGGACCUACGCCACUCGGUUUUGGACCUGAUCGAACGGACCGGGAGCGACGCGCUGGACAGCCUGGUGGUAGACGUGGGAACCGAAAGCGGACGGGUCCCUUCGUCGCCGACCUCGUCGCUCUCCUCGCACGGCGCCACGCUGGAAGUCUUCGAGCACCUCGCGGACCUGCAGCGGGAGGGAUGGAUCCGAUCCAUCGGCAUCGGGGGCACGGAKGCGCCACCGGGCCUCCUGAGAGACAUUGCGACRUACUUUGGGGACCACAUCGAUUUCGAGCAGCGCGAGGGAAGCCUCUUGGUCCCCCCGUCCUUCUCGUUCCGCGGCGGCCUCUCGGUGCCCGGCGACWACAGCCACAAGAACAAGGUGCGAAUGGGCAACGCCCUCGCCGGUGGCUUGCUCACGGRCCUCUACGACAGCGACGCCCGGCGCCAAACCAACUACGGKCMCAGGCCYCCGCUGCUGACGAACGAAAACAUGAGGGUCCUGAACGAGUGGGCCUCGCGGCGAGAAAMAUGGCGAGAGGAAUCGCCGGAAACGACGGGGCCACCGASCACCCAGAACAUGCCCGUGUGGAACCAGUACCAGGAGCACGCACUGGGACCCAUGGSAAGGAUCGCAUCGAAGCACGAUGUUUCGAUAGCGGCGGUGGCCCUGCGGUGGGCGCUGGAAUGUGCGGGGACGAACGGCCUUUCGGGGGGCAAGGGGAUCGUUUCGAGCGCACUGGCGGACCUUUUCGUGGGCGGCCCGGCCGACGGUGGCCCUCCCUUUCGGAGGAAAACCACCGAGCUGCGGGGGGUCUUUCGGUUCGARCURGAAGAGGAGGACCGGGAGGUCCUGUCGGGGAUUCUYGCGACCGGAGGGGAYGAGCAAGCCGGMAGCAGCGGCGACGGCGACGGGUUCGGAUUCGGAGACGACGGGGGAGACGGCUACCCCGCCAUUGAUUUCGACAAUCCAAAGUUCUGGCUGUGAACCCACCCACGCGGGCCAUGGUCCUGCCGUUCCCGCACGCAUCGGGGCUCCCCGGGAGGUAUGCGGGCGGUCCGACCAAGAGACGAGACGAGGCGAAGCGAAGCGAACGACCAUCGGCCAUAAGGGUUCCAACCCCCCGCGGGCGGUGCGAUGCCGUGCCGUGCCGUAAUCUGUUCGGCACCUGUUGGCUCGUACCAUGCGCAGGGGGCCGGCUGGCAAUCCGAGGUGCGUAUACGAUGAUACGCAACCCAGGCGCCGCCAUUCUCACAGCGUACUACCCGGGAACGUCGGUUGUUUGCUACCGGGUGCCGUUGUCUGCUCCAGCAUCCGUUGCCUCGCGGGCGUUGCGAAGCGAAAUGCGCGGGAUGCAUUCUGGCAGUCGCGGCUUGUCCGUUCGUGGUUUCGAACGCACAGACAGAGCGAUGUUUGCCACCAAGCGUAUCAAAGGAAAGAUUUGAGAAUCCUAUUGUCACCGCAUCGUGUACAUGAUAUUAUUCACUAAAGUAGGAAUAACGAUGCUUGGUCGCGCCUCCAUAACAACUCCUCGGAGGGAUGCGCCGCCCCUCGGAGCAGCUAGRAGCAUUMUUUCYCACRAAAGCAAUGGUUCUGGCCUUCCUAGUGCCUCUUCUAGUUCACGAGGUUAAAUAUAAUAUUAAGAUUUUU